GGCACGAAAGCAGGUAUGCGUGCUACCCGCGGCGGCACGCCUGCACGCAUGUUCCGCUCUGUCCUGCCCUUCACAGCUUGGCAGUCUAUGCCUUUUUGUUCUGAGGCAGGCACCUUCCACGUUGGGAACUCUGGGCUGGGCCCCGCCGUGUCUGCCUCUGCGGCGUUUCUGCGCGCAGCCGGCCAGUCAAGUGCUUCCCCGUCUGGGCUUGGUAUGGUCUACGACCUCCCUUCAUCUCUUCUCACGAUGGUUGCGCCCACAUCACAGGAAGUGUUUGCUUCUCGGCCUUCCCGUCAUGCUUCGCGGCCCAACAUGGAGGGCCUUCCCAGUCUGAGCUCCUCCGGCGGAGGCUCUGCACCCGCUGGGUCAGCCCCGACCUCGAUGACCCUGGCGCAGCUCUUGCAGGUGGUUCAGCAGGGCCAGGAGGUCCCGGGCCUGGAGAAACUGCACAUUACGGCGACCCAUGGCGAGCCCACGGCGUCCGUGCUCCCGCGGAAGCCCAAGCCCUGGGAGGCCGCGGGCCCGACUGACCCGCCGCGCGCGUCCGCCCUCGGCCCGGGGCCCCAGGCCCCGGCCACUCUUGGCUAGAGGACCGGCCCCGCCGAGGCAGCAGCGGCACCUUCGGAAAUGAGUACUGUGGUUCCUGAGGUUCGAGGGACUUUGCCGCUGAGACCUGGGGCGCGUGGCGGCGUCCUGCAGGAACUCGCGACCCUGGAUAACCAGCCGUGGCCUCUCAGCUGGAGUUGAUCCUGGAAGCAUCAUCAGGAUGUGCUGUAUUUGUAUUUCUGAACCGUAACCAUCCGUUAAGAAAAAAAAUCCUUUUUCGAUUCUUUACAUGCAACUGAAGCAAAGCUUAUACUUUACUGCCCGCGGUGCGUUUUCAUUUCAAACACCCUGCCCAGGCCAAUCCACAGGGAGGGGUUAUGUGGGGGAUCGGAAGUGCUUUACUCGGGGGUCCGUUUAUUCUGGUAGUAAUGGAAAGCUAGGAGCCACGUGGCAUCUGCAUCUUAGAUGGCUACUUUCCAGAUAGUCAAUAAAAGUUUUUUUUUUUAACCUUU